AAGGGCUUAUGGGAAGUCGGGAGGGGGUCUGCUGUGAUUCGUCAGGACACUCCUACAAAAUGGCGGUCUCCGUGGUCAGUGUGUUUGGCUGCGGUUCGGACACGGUCCGGGUUCUGUCGGUUCCGGUCCGUCUUUAGGCAGUAGCUGCGUGUUUUCCCGCGCGGCAGUGUUCCGGGUCGGGUUCUGUUGGGUCUGGACCCGUCCGGACCGAGGCUCCGAGGAGCAGCAACGAUGUCCGCGCGAGCUCCUUCAGAAGACCUCCAGCAGGUCCUGAAGGACGAAGAAGCUCCUGCUGAGCAGCUGCUCUGGAACCAGGACAGCUGGAACCAGAAGGAACCAGAAUCCCCGGAGAUCAAGGAGGAACUAGAGGAACUUAAUAUCCUGGUGAUUAAAGAAGAACCAGAAUUUCUGCAGGCUAAAGAAGAACAGGAUGAAGACAGAGAGAGGGAGCUCCCCCUGCUGGACCACCCAGAAGAGCUCCUGAUCCGUAAUGAACCUCAUGCUGAACUUCAGAACGUAUCCCUGACCAACUCAAGAACUACAGAACCUUCAUGGAUCAAAGAGGAGCCAGAAGAACCAGAACCUCCAGCGGUCCACAGGCGCCAUGAUGCUGGCGGGCUCAAAGAGGAGGCGGGUCUGCUGGACAUGAACAGACAGCUGGUCAUAAAGUUACACAGAAUAGAUUCACGACAGCCACCCGAGUAUCGUCUUUCAGACGUUUGCCAGGAAGUUUGGCAAGGAAUCCCUCCGGAGGAUUCUCCAGCAAACGGGAGCCGGAUCAGAGGCGGUAGCUACGAUGCAGUGCUGGAGACCUCUUCUACAGACACAGGUGUGGAGGCCUCGUUGAUCGACCACAUCAGUGUCCACACACCUUCAGGUCAGACAGACGGAGGAGCGUCUGGUAGAAAGCCUGCCCGGAAGCCGCACUGGUGCCAAGAAUGCGGAAAGAGUUUCACCCAGCACAGUUCUUUGAUGGCACACUUGAGGAUCCACACAGGUGAGAGGCCCUUCUCCUGUUCCACCUGUGGAAAGAGCUUCAGCCAGAAGAGCCGCUUGUUGAUUCACGGCCGGAUCCACACAGGGGUGAAGCCCUUUUCCUGCGACACCUGUGGAAAGGGGUUCAGUCAGCGGUACGGCUUGCUGCGCCACACCCAGUCGCACACCGGGGAGAGGCCACAUGCCUGCCAGUUCUGCAAGAAAUGCUUUGGCCAGAGUUAUCACCUGAAGAAACACAUGAGACUUCACUCCCACCUGGACUCCUGCCAAGCCGAUGACCACGACCAUGGCGGUCCCACAGAGGAGUGGCCAUUCUCCUGUGACACCUGUGGAAAAGGCUUUCAUCGGAGUACGGACUUGCUGUGCCACAUGAGGAUACACUCGGACGAGAGUCCGUACUCCUGCCACACCUGUGGGAAAGAGUUUGCACGAACUCGGGAUUUGUGUCACCACACGAGGCUGCACACGGGUGAGAGGCCCUUCCUCUGCAACACUUGUGGGAAAGGGUUUCGCAGGAACUCCGACUUGUUGUCCCACCUGAGGGCCCACUCCGAAGAAAAGGCCUUUCCUUGUGAAACCUGUGGUAAAACAUUGAGCAGUAGGCAGCAGCUGCUGCGCCACACCUGGACCCACACCGGCGGUAAGCCCUUUGCCUGCCAAAGCUGCGGGAAGACCUUUGGGCAGAGCUACCACCUGCUGUACCACAUGAGGACGCACACGGGCGAGCGGCCGUUCUCCUGCGAGACCUGUGGUAAGAGUUUCUGUCAGAACAGCGAUUUGGAUCACCACCGGAGGAUCCAUACCGGCGAGAAGCCAUUCACUUGCCAGACCUGCGGCUUAAGGUUCCGCCGCAGCAGUGACUUGUCGCGCCACAUGAGGACGCACACGGACGAGCGGCCGUACUCGUGUGAGACGUGCGGAAAAGGAUUCAAACGACGUGGUCAUUUGUCAAGCCACGCAAGGACUCACGAGGGGAAGGAGCUCCCUGGAUGACAAAGAACGGCGUUGUUUGGAAGAGUCUUUUUAACGGACUCUAUGGAUUCAUUUAGAACUACUCUGGUUUGUUUUGGACUUGGUCUCAUAACUUUAGACAGAUUUCAUGGAGACAAAGGCUUACCCAAUCGUCCUUUUUUAAUCAUGCUGGUUGAACCUCAGAUUUUUGUAAAGACAGUUUUUCAGAAAUCUGCCAAUAAAUCAAUAUUUUCUGUUCUUGA